AAGGAGAAGAGACUUUGGAGUAAACAGUAUGGAUUGUGAACUGAAUUGAGAAGAGGGAAAGAAGAAGAAGAAGAAGAAGAAGAAAGAGAUGAUGGAGAUGGAAAUGGAAGGGCGGGUCAAGGCUCUGCCUUUCAAAGUCAAGGCCAUGUCCAGAGAGUCUCCUUCUCAGAAAGCUGCUCAUGUCCUCGACGCUGACCUCCGCACCCACUGGUCUACUGCUACCAACACCAAGGAGUGGAUUCUUCUCCAACUCAAUGAACCUUGCUUGCUCUCUCAUAUUCGGAUUCACAACAAGUCCGUUCUCGAAUGGGAAAUUUCUCUUGGUUUGCGCUUCAAGCCCGAGACAUUUGUCAAAGUACGCCCGCGUUGUGAAGCUCCUCGACGAGACAUUGUGUACCCGAUGAACUACACUCCAUGUCGUUAUGUCAGAAUAUCUUGUUUACGAGGAAACCCAAUUGCUCUUUUUUUCAUACAGCUGAUUGGAGUUUCAGUGAUUGGCCUUGAACCAGAGUUUCAACCUGUUGUGAACCACUUGUUGCCUCAAAUCAUUUCCCAUAAACAAGAUGCCCAUGAUAUGCAUCUUCAGUUGCUUCAAGACAUGACCAAUCGCUUACAUGCCUUCAUCCCCCAACUUGAGGCAGAGCUUAACAGCUUUUCAGAUGCUGCCGAACCUAACUUACGGUUUCUUGCUAUGCUUGCGGGUCCAUUUUAUCCGAUUCUUUAUGUCAUAAAUGAAAGGGCCACAACAAAGUCUGCAGGCAGUGUUUCGGACUCUGAAGUUUCUAGGAAUAGUCAGCCAUCUUCAGCUUUGACUGUUUCAUCUAACUUUGAGCCACGGAGAUUACGCAGUGCACCUUUCUUCUUAUCCACCUCUAGUUCCAUGGUGUUUCGUCCAGAUCUGAUAUUCAUGCUGUUGAGAAAGGCAUACAAAGAUUCUGAUCUGGGAAUUGUUUGCAGGACGGCUUCUCGAAUCCUGCAAAAGCUUUUAGAACCUCUUACUGUGCAAGAAACAUCAGCAUCUCCUAGUGAAGCAACAUCUGGGGAUGAAUCAUAUAAAUCUGAUUUACUUUAUCCCGUCCUCUUACUUGAUUACUCAAAUUUAUUCGGGGAAGAAUUCCACCUACCUGAUGAUCAGUGGGAUUCCAACUAUCUUAACAUCUUGGAUUUAGGGGCCGUGGAAGAAGGAAUUUUACAUGUUCUUUUUGCCUGUGCGUCACAGCCUAUUCUCUGCAGUAAAUUGGCAGGGAGCAGUUCUGAAUUCUGGUCCGCAUUACCAUUGGUACAAGCAUUGCUGCCAGCUCUUCGUCCUUUAGUGAGCAGCCCUUCUGAAAUGGUUGAUGAUAAUUUUUCUCAGUGGAGACAACCUAUUGUACAACAAGCCCUAUCUCAGAUCGUAAUAACUUCGUCAUCAUCAUUAUACCGUCCGCUACUCUAUGCUUGUGCUGGCUACUUAUCAUCGUUUUCUCAAUCCCAUAGUAAGGCUGCUAGUGUCCUGAUUGACCUGUGUUGUAGUGUUCUAGCGCCUUGGAUGACUCAAGUGAUUGCAAAGGUUGAUCUGACUGUGGAACUUCUGGAGGAUCUUUUGGGUACAAUCCAGGGUGCUAAACAUUCUCUGGCUCGUGCUCGUGCUGCUUUAAAAUAUAUUGUGCUGGCUAUUUCUGGUCAUAUGGAUGACAUUCUGGGAAAGUAUAAGGAAGUCAAGCAUAAGAUUCUCUUUCUUGUGGAGAUGCUAGAGCCGUUUAUUGAUCCUGCCAUUGCUUCAUUUAAGAGCACAAUUUCCUGUGGAGAUCUCUCUUCCACUUAUCCUGAAAAACAAGAAAGCAAUUGUGUGAUUGCUCUCAAUGUGAUUCGUACAGCAGUACAAAAGCCAUCAGUUUUACCUUCUUUGGAAUCUGAAUGGAGGCGUGGCUCAGUUACUCCUAGUGUUCUUCUGGCAAUACUGGAACCUCGCAUGCAAUUACCUCCUGAAAUAGACAUUUGCACCUCUAUUUUGAAGCCGUUAGAACUUGAAUCUUCAAGUGGUUUAUCUUUUUCUAGUACUCCUUGCCAUGGGGUAGUUUCUUUAAAAUCAAACAACCAAGAUGAACUUGAUGCAAAAACAGGUGUCAGUGAUAGCGCUACUAAGAUGGAUGUUUUUGAAGAUGUCAAUAUUCUCUUUGCUCCAAUAGAACUACGUAGCAUGUCACUUACAAAUAUAUAUAGUGAUUUGAAUGAGUGUACCUCUGGCUCUAACAUCGGGGGUGUCAGUUUAGAAGCAAAGCUGGAGGCUGAAAAAAUCUUUCCCAAGCAGUCUCAUGUUGACUUGAUAAUAGAUACAGGUUUCAAUGCCGAAUACUUCAACUUACAAGCAGAUUACUUUCAACUUAUAAACUAUCAAGAUUGUGAGCUUAGAGCAUCCGAGUUUCGGCGUUUGGCCUUAGAUUUUCAUUCCCAAGACGAGAUUACAAUGGAGAGCCAUGAUGCAGCAAUAGAUGCUUUGCUCUUGGCUGCUGAAUGCUAUGUCAACCCCUUUUUUAUGAUGACCUUCAAGAAUGGGCCAAAGUUGAAGAACCAGAUCAACAUCAAGGAGACUAGAGCUCUAAAAGAACAUGAGUUUCAGUUUAGAAAAGUCUCUGGAAAGUCUAGAACCGACUUAAAAACAAUAGCUCUACUUGAAAAGAAAAGAGAUAAAAUUGUUCUCCAAAUUUUGCUUGAGGCUGCUGAAUUAGACAGGAAAUUUCAGGAAAAUAUAUCUGGUGGCGAAGAUUAUUCGUGUUAUGAUGGUAUAUCUGAUGAACAAGUUGUGAACUUGUCUCCACUUGACACACAGGAUGUGGAUGCCAUCACAUUGGUUCGACAAAAUCAAGCUCUGUUGUGCAACUUUUUAAUUGAAAGGCUGAGAAGAGAACAUCACUCAUUGCAUGAAAUUCUUUUGCAGAGUCUUGUUUUUUUGUUGCACUCAGCCACGAAGCUAUAUUGCAGUGCUGAUCAUGUGAUUGAUAUUAUAGUACGAUCUGCUGAGUACUUAAAUGGGAUGUUAACAUCCCUUUAUCACCAAUUAAAAGAAGGAAAACCUAAUUUGGAGCCAGAAACAAUACAUGGGAUACAACGCCGAUGGAUACUCCUUCAGAGAUUGGUAGUUGCUUCAAGCUGUGGUGAUGAAGGGGCAGGAUUUGCUAUCAAUAAGAACAAUGGUUUCAGUUAUACAAAUUUGAUUCCACCUUCAGCCUGGACAAAUAGAAUCUCUUCAUUUUCUAGAUGUAAAUCUCCUCUUGUUCGGUUUCUUGGCUGGAUGGCAGUAUCUCGUAAUGCAAGGCAGUAUAUACGGGACCAAAUUUUCCUUGCUUCUGAUCUGCAACAGCUGACAAAUUUGCUAUCCAUAUUUGUUGAUGAGCUUGCUGUAGUGGAUAGUUUUAUCAAUCAUGGAUAUGAAAAUGUGAAGUUAGAAGAAUCUGGCAAUCAACGACUUGAAUACCAAUCUUUUCAUUCUUUCCAUGUUAUUUACCCUGAUCUAUACAAGUUCUUUCCUAGUAUGAAAAACCAGUUUGGAGGUUUUGGGGAAACCAUUUUGGAGGCUGUUGGCUUGCAGUUGAGAUCUCUUCCUUCCACUGUCGUGCCAGAUAUUUUAUGUUGGUUCUCUGAGUUGUGCUUGUGGCCGUUUUAUCAUGUGGAUCAAAUGACUUCACAAAGUAGUUAUGAUUAUUUGAAAGGUUACAUUGCAAAGAAUGCUAAGGUGGUUGUCCUUUAUGUACUAGAAACUAUCAUAACAGAGCACAUGGAAGCUAUGGUGCCUGAGAUCCCUAGAGUAGUGCAAGUGCUUCUGUCCCUUUCUAAAGCUUCAUAUUGUGACGUUUCAUUUAUUGAUUCUGUUUUGUGUUUGUUGAAGCCAAUCAUUUCGUAUACCUUAAGUAAGGUGUCUGAUGAGGAAAGGUUAUUACACGAUGACUCCUGCCUUAAUUAUGAAUCAUUGUGCUUUGAUGAACUUUUCAAUAACAUUAGAUCUGAUGGAAAUCAGGACAGAACUACUGAAGAAAUGUACAGUAGAGGAUUGACAAUUUUUAUUUUGGCUUCUGUUUUUCCUGAUUUGUCUAUUCAGCGUAGAAGGGAGAUGCUGCAGUCCUUGUUGUCUUGGGCUAACUUUACUGCAUUCGAACCAACAAGUUCUUUCUAUGAUUAUCUUUUUGCAUUCCAGAAUGUUAUGAAAAGUUGCAAACUUUUGUUAGUUCAGAUGUUACAGUUAUUUGGUGCUAUUCCACUUCAGCCAUCGACUGGUAGACUCCCAGAUGACAGCUUGGAUUCACAUUUAGGGUUUUUAAGUGAUGUCUACCAAAACUCAUUGAACAAAGCCCCUAUUAAGUUGGAGGAUAGCAGUGAUGCUGCAAAUGUAAAUCAGAAAGUUCUCGAUUUAUCCACCGAGGAAAUUGAAGAAUUUUCUAAAGACUUAGAGGUUCUCAUUAUUAAACUUAACCCAGCAAUUGAUUCAUGUUGGAAUCUUCAUCAUCAACUGGCUAAGAAGCUUACAAUUACAUCAGCAGAAUGUUUCAUUUACUUGAGGUGUUUGUCAUCAGUUGCACAAAAAGCUGAUGAUGUGCAAGACAUUGACAGUGAAACCUCUAGUACAUCCAAGUCAGUUGACCAUUUCCUUGUUCAUUGGAGGGUUGGUCUUGAAGGAAUUUCUGAAACCAUUCUGACCCUUCAAGAAAAGGGUUGCUGGGAAGUUGCAUCUGUGAUGCUCGAUUGUCUACUUAGAGUACCCCAUUGUUUUGUGCUGAGUGAUGUCAUUGGUUUUAUUUGUUCUGCCAUAAAAAGUAAUUCAUGCAGUGCACCAAAAAUUGCUUGGCGUUUGCAGACAGAGAAAUGGUUAUCGAUCUUACUGGCUAGAAAUCUCCAUGCCGUUAAUGAAUGUGAGGCUUCUCUGGUUAAUUUGUUCUGUACACUGUUGGGUCAUCGUGAGCCUGAGCAACGAUUCAUAGCACUUCAACUCUUAGGAAAACUUGUUGGCCAAGAUAUGAAUGGAAGAACUGACCUACAAGAUUUUAGAUUUUGCAACAGUCUUUCCCCUGGCUUAGUCAUGUCUAUUCCUGAGUCUGCAAUUACCUAUUUGGUAUCAAGUACAUGGGAUCAUGUUGUCGUGGUGGCGUAUUCUGACGUGUCUUCACAUCUGAGGAACUGUGCAAUGGCCCUUCUUGUACAAUAUGUCCCAUUUGCUCGUAGGCACCAAUUACAAUCUUUCCUAGCAGCAGCAGAUAGUGUUCAUGGGCUGGGAAAGCUUGGUCAACCAACUUGUGAGGGCCCCUUGCUACGACUCUCAUUGGCACUUAUUGCUGCCGCUUGUCUGUACAGCUCUCCUGAAGAUAUUUCUUUGAUUCCUCAAAAUGUUUGGACAGAUAUUGAGACUUUAGGAUUGUCGAAAUCUGAAGGCAGGAUUGGAGAUCUUGAGAAAAGAGCAUGCCAAAUUCUGUGUAGAUUAAAAAAUGACGAGGUUGAAGCUAAAGAGGCUCUAAAGGAAGUACUAUCUGCAAGCUCUUCAAAACAAUUCAACCCAGAUUUUGUGAGUACUCGGGAAGCAAUUCUUCAGGUCAUGGCCAAUUUAACAUCUGUAAAGUCAUACUUUGAUUUCUUCUCCAACAAAGUAGACCAAGAAGAGAUGGAAAUGGAAGAGGCUGAAAUAGAAUUGGAUAUUCUUAAAAAAGAACAGGCUUUGCAAAAAUCAUCUAAUGAUUCAAAAGAAGAAUUUCCUUCAUUGACAUCUACUGUGAAAGAUGAUUCACGCCUUAAACAAAUCAAGGAGUCCAUUUGCUCCCUAGAAAAGUUGAAACUCCGAGAAGAUAUAGCAGUGCGCAGGCAAAGAAAACUUCUUACGAGACAUACCCGUCAGAAAUAUUUGGAAGAGGCAGCUGCACAAGAAGCAGAGCUUUUACAAGAACUUGAUAGGGAGAGAGCAGCUGAAGCUGAGAAGGAAAUUGAGAGACAACGAUUGCUAGAACUUGAGCGUGCGAAAACCAGGGAAUUGCGACACAAUCUUGAUAUGGAGAAGGAGAGGCAAACACAGAGAGAACUUCAGCGGGAAUUGGAGCAGGCCGAAUCAGGAGUACGACCAUCUAGGCGUGAAUUUUCUUCCUUCGCUCAUAGUGGGAGGCCCCGGGAAAGGUAUCGAGAAAGGGAUAAUGGACGAGCAGGAAAUGAAGGGAGCACAAGAACAAGUACUAGUGGCAGUUUGCAGCUUGAUACUAAUUCUUCUAUGGUGGCGAUGCCAACAGUUGUACUGUCUGGGUCCCGACAAUUUUCGGGCCAGCUUCCUACCAUUUUGCAAUCUCGUGAUCGUGUAGAUGAAUGUGGCAGUAGUUAUGAAGAGAAUAUAGACGGAAGCAAGGACUCUGGUGACACAGGUAGUGUUGGAGAUCCAGACUUGGAUGGACAGCUUGGUGGAUUUGGAUCUUCUCAGAGGCAUGGAUCUCGAGGGAGCAAGUCUAGGCAGGUAGUAGAACGCAGGGAGCAGCGAGGAGAUGGCAGACGUGAGGGUAAGUGGGAAAGGAAGCAUUGACAACAGAAAAACAUGUAGCAGCCUGUGGAUCCUAAGAUUUAGAAUCAAAAGCCUGACUGAUUGAUUAUUCUUUAUGCUCUUGAUUGUAUGUAGUGAUGGCUGAUGUGAUAUCUAAUGAAAUGUCACUCAUUUUGUUCAUACACAUUUAAUGAAAUUUUGUAACAAUGGAAGUAAUAACUAUCAAAUUAUAUAAUGUAUUUUACAUAUAAGUUGAAAAAUAGGUUCCUUUGCCCAUGUUCGGGUUGAUAA